AUGACAGCCAGACGAGGGCGCCCUCAGGUCAUGGUCUCUGAUAAUGGAACAAACUUCCGGAGCGCUGACAGAGAAUUAAGAGAACUGGUAAAUGAACUUGACCAAGAACGCAUCACCAAUCAUCUUGCAGAGAAAGGUAUUGAAUGGCGGUUCAAUCCUCCCUUAGGAGCCCAUCAUGGAGGCGUCUUUGAGAUCAUGAUAAAAGCUGCAAAGAAAGGGCUCAAGGCAAUCCUGGGAGAGGCAGUGGUGAAUGAUGAGGGGUUUUCAACAGCUGUGGCAGAGGUAGAAGGUCUUCUGAAUGCCCGACCUAUCACCUACUGUGGCCAAGAUCCGAAAGAUGAGAAUGUGUUGACCCCGAACCACUUUUUGAUUGGACAAGCCGGGGGACAACUUGCUCCAGAAGUCACAGAUGAGAUCGCUUUCCAUCCAAGAAAUAGGUGGCGUUAUGUACAGGACUUGGUGAAGAAAGUGUGGAUUCGAUGGCAAAAAGAAUUCCUGUCCUUACUGCACAACAGACCAAAGUGGUUCAGAGUUGAAGAAGACAUUAAACCUGGAGACAUAGUGUUGAUGGCUGAUCCAGCAAAGCCGCGCGGGAGAUGGCCAUUAGGACGAAUUCUAGAGGUCUUCCCGGGAUCUGAUGGCAGGGUCAGAGUUGUUCAAGUCUUUUCAAGAGGAAAAGAAUGGCGACGACCAGUGAGCAAGCUAGUGCAGAUUUUGUCUGCAGACGAAGACGCGAGAAGACCGAUUUUGGAUGAUCGAAACCAGAAGAUGACAUCAUUGGCAGACAAUGGCGAUGAUGAAGACGAAGAGUAG